AUGCUUCCCCGGGCAGCGCGCUCGGCCGUGUCUGCCACGGCCACGGCGCCUCUGGUGCGCCUGCCUCUUCGGCUCGGCUCAGCCUCAUCCUGGAGCCACCAGAAACCAUCGACAGCUUCACCUCUGCCAAGCCGGCCGAGCCGCUCUUUUUUCUCGCCAGAAAACCAGUUCGGCAGCCGACAGUACUCGACCGCGUCUUCGCCUCCGCCCCCGUCUCGCAGGCGGCCCUGGAUCCGCCCGUCCACGGUCGUCUUCCUGCUGCUCGGCGCCGGCUUUGGCCUGCCUUUGUACGGCUUCGUCGCCCAGCUGGUGCCAACACUGCCAGACCGCGGCUCGGCUGCCGAGGACAAAGCCCGGGUCGUGCUCGAGACCCGUGCUGCUCGGCUACCUUUGGUCGUGCAGCUGACAACCGAUCCGGCCUGGAUCGAGUGGACCGUCGGCAGCCGAUGGGCCAAAGAUCACCAGCCAUCAUCGACCGACCUCGAGACCGAUCUCGCAUCCGAUUCACCGCGCGAACGCCUCACCCGCGAUGCUCUCGGUGGCGUUCAGGGCAUGACCGGCUACCACCGCGUCUUCCUCCACGAGCAGACCGGCGAGCUAGUCAGCGUCGUCUACCUCGGCAACGCCCUCUCCGGCUUCCCGACUCGAGCCCACGGUGGUGCCCUAGCCACGCUGCUCGAUGAGGCCCUCGGCCGCUGUGCUAUUCACACUCUGCCCGCUCGCACCGGCGUCACCGCCCGACUCGAGCUGCAGUACCGCCGCCCCGUCGCCGUCCCCGAUUUCUACGUCGUCCGCUGUCGCCCAGAGCUGCCGCCAGCAUCGUCCCCCAAAGCCAGCCAGGACCUCCGGAAGCUGUGGUGCUCGGCCACGCUCGAAACAAUCGCCGGCCAGACAUGUGUCGAGGCUCGUGGGCUCUUUGUCGUUCCCAGGGGCUACAAGCUGGGGCGCGUGGAAGACCGCUUCUAG